GUUAACAUACAGAAUACAGGUCGGUUACUCACAGCAAGAAGAUGUCACUAACUAGCAUGGAGCUCAAUUAUUUGGUAUGGAGAUACCUCCUGGAGUCAGGGUAUGACCUAGCGGCGUACGCACUAGAGAAGAACUCGAAUUGUCUGUCUUAUGAACAUAAUCAGAAUCUUGAAAUAAUCUCGAAAAUAGAGCCAGGAUGUUUAGUGAAUUUGGUGCAGAAAGGGAUAUUGUUCACAGUGGCGCAAGACGAGGCCAGUAUACCACCCGAGAAGUUUGAUCAGCUAUCGUUAUUUGGAGCAUUGCUUCAAGAAGAAGUUAAUAAACAAAGACAAGUACAGGAAGAGCAAGAGGGAGAGAAGAAGAAGGACGAGCCGGAGAAAAAGGAUGAGGAUAGGCUUCUUUUGAAGUCGGAGGCCAAGGAGAACGGGAAUAACGAGAAUGGAUCGAUCAGUAAUAAAGAAGAUGGAGAUGACGAUACUGAGAUGAAAGAUGCUAGCGAAGCAAAUGAAGAAGUGAAGGAAGGAGAACAAGAAGUAUUGGAGGAGGAAGAGGUCAAGUUUGAAACAAAGAUUAUCGAUCCAAAAAUACGAUUUUCAGAGAGUUUAGUAACUGAUUGGCACCCAAUAACUGAUGUAUUUGCAUUUGGUAAAGAGGAUUCAACUGCGGUUAUCAAUGCUUUGAAUAAGGAUGUUAUUUUGGAAUCAGUAACCCUCACCCAUCCACACCUUCCAAAUGGGUCUCCAUCGGGGACUGAUGAACAUUCAACUAAAAACGAAGUUACUAUAGUAUCGUGGUCGCCGCAAGGUAAUAUAAUCAUUACCACGGGGCUCAAUGGUGAAUUAAGGGCUUGGACUCCUGAUGGGAAAUUGAAAAAUAUCGCUGAUAAUUCUACUAUUAAAGCACUUCAGUCUAAUGAUCUAGACUCUAACAAUGAGUCUGCAGUAACUCAACCAGUUUUAAUCCUGAGUCUUGAAUGGAGUGAAAAUGGUCAAUUUUUACUUUCUAUAGAUAUCAAUAAUCAAGUCUGUUUAUGGGAUGGUCAUAAUUUAAAUUUGAUUCAACAGAUAAGACCACCAAGUGUUCCUUCUACUUCAAAUGAACUUUUAGAUGCUUGUUGGGUUGGUGAACAGAGAUUUGCCUUAUCUACACCAAAUAAAUCCAUCAAAAUAUAUUCUAUCAAUAAUUCAACAAACACUUUUGGUGAAAUGCAAGCCCAAGAUUCAGUGGUGCCAAUAGGUUACUUAUCUGGUCAUAAUAAUAAUAUAUCUAUUCUUAAAUUCAAUAGUAUAUCGAAAUUAUUAGCUUCUGCUUCUGACUUUGAUUAUACCAUUAAAAUUUGGAAUAGCUCGUCUACUAAUGAAACUCGCGAUUUAAAUGUUAAAUCGGAUAAAAUUUCUGAUAUUGAUUAUCAUGAAUCCCCAAUAAUUGGAUUAUUUUGGUUAAAUGUUGGUCAUGAUUCAAAGGGAAAUCAUUUAUUAAGUGUAUCGAUGGAUGGUACCGUCAACAUAUGGGAUGCUUUUGAAGGAUCUUCUUUAAUCAGUACAAAACUAUUUAAAAAUACGUCCAAUUUUCAAUUCGAAGAUAAAGAGAAAACUUUAAAUACUACAAACAAUCUUAUUUUUUCGGUUAAGUUAUCACCUAACGGCAAAUGGUUAGCCGUUGGUGAUGAUUCUGGGAAAUUAUCGAUAUGGGAUGUUGAAAUAUCCCACUAUUCCAAGAAAAGGAAAAAUUUGUUAAGAUGCUUAGCUGUUUAUUUUUUCGAAUUGCCCGAUAACGAUGAUGAAGAUCUGAAAAGUAAGGAAUUGGGGAUUUGUGACAUUGCCUGGAAUAGCCAGUCCCUGAGAGUUUCUGUUUCUUAUAAAGGUACCGACAGUAUUAUAUUUGACUGGGAUAAAUAUACUUCAGAAUAGAUGUAUAUAUCCUACGUUACUAGAUUUUUUUUAUGACUGGCAUGUUUUGUUGAACUUUGUAUUUCUUGUUUCUACUUCCAUACUUUAUUGAUGGAACUGUAUUAUUGUUAUUUUAU